AUGCGUAAGUGUUCCUUUUCUUCCGGGUAUGUAAUCUCAGAACAUGACAAUAAUAUAAAUAGGCAAACGUCUUCAUCUUUUUGCUUAAAACCUCCUGCUUCUCCUUUCCUCCUCCUUUUCUCCUCCUCCUUCUACUUCUUUAAAUCCUUUCCCCCCUUCUUCCUCGUCAUCGUCUUUUUCUCCUCCUCCUCCUGCUCCUCUUCCUUCUUCUUCCUCUUCUUCACUCCUUUGCUCCUCUGCCUCCUUCUUCUUCUUCUUGACAUCCUCUCUCCCCUUCUUCUUCUUCUUCUCCUUCUUCUUCUUCUUCUUCUUCUUCUUGCCCCUCCUUCUUUUUCCCCUUCUUCUUCUUCUUCUGAAACUAUAGCAUUUAUUCUUUCGUUCUUUCUUUCUUUCUUUCGUUCGUUCGUUCUUUCUUUCUUUCCUUCUUUCUUUCUUUCUUUCUUUCCUUCUUUCUUUCUUUCUUUCUUUUCGUCUUUCUUUUCUUCUUUCUAUCUUUCUAUCUUUCUUUCUUUCUUUUCGUCUUUCUUUCUUUUCAAUUCUUCUUUCUAUAUUUCCUUAUUUCUCUCCUUUCUUUCUCUCCUUCUGUCUUUCUUCCUUUCUUUCCGUCUGUCUUUCUUUCUUUCUUUCUUUCUUUCCUUUCGAAUUAUUAUUCCCUUUUACUUAUCCUUUUUAGAAUUCUUCUUUCAUUCAUUCAUUCAUUCUUUCUUUCUUUUGUCGUAA